AUGAUGGACUCGGACGAAGAUGAUAUUUACCCGGAGCACGACGAGGCGAACGGACAUACGAACCAGGGUGAGGUGAAGAUGGAGGAUGCUGAGGACGACGAAGAGGAGGGCGAGGAAGUUGAGGAGGAAGACGACGAGGAUGAUGUCGACUUCAUCAUUGACGUGAAAGAUGAACCAAAGACGGAGCCAAGCUCAGCACCAGGUUCGCAGACAAGGCGAUUACCUGGACUUGGACAAGCUGGGGCAGAUAUACGGAAAUCGUCAUCGACUCCAACCCCAGCAAUGAAAGCAGGAACGGCCGCAGAUGCAAGAGGCGGAUCCCAACCCCCCAAUGAACGCCCUGGCACCGACUACCCGGCUCGACAUACGUCCAAGAUCGAUCCGAACGGGAAUCCCGUACACCCAGCCACGGGCAAGCCCAUCAUAUCCACAGACUUUGACGUUGACUUUCCCUCGGAAUCUUCCAAGCCGUGGCGCAAGCCCGGUGCAGAUAUAACAGAUUACUUCAACUACGGAUUUGACGAAUUUACAUGGGCAUCAUAUUGCCUCAAGCAGCAACAAAUGCCCAAAGAAGUGAAAGAGAUCACACAGCAAGCAGAACAAAUGAAAGCAUUUGUAGAAGGUAUUCCGGGAGGUGGCAUACCAGGAAUGCCCCCCAUGCCAGGUGCGCCCGCAGCAGAUAUGUCACAAAUGGCGAUGCCCAAUGAAGCGCAGAUGCAGCAAAUGUUCGCGGCAAUGACAUCCCAGGGUCUGGAUCCGACGAGUAUGGACCCUUCUCAGUUCAUGCAAUUCAUGGCAAGUGGAGGAGCGGCGAUGAUGGGCCAGCCACAGCCUCCUACUGGGCCUUCUGCUUCAUUUGCCGGGGGUGGGGGUGGAGUAGGCGGUGGAUUCGAUCAAGGCGGAGGUGGUGGUGGAUUUGGUGGCCGUGGAAGAGGAAAAGGCGGGAGGAGAAAUUGGUAG